CAGACGAAAAUGGCUAUAAAUCGUCACAGUGACUAUCCCAUCAAGGUCUUUCCUCGAUAUCUACAAUCCCUAACAAUAGACAAUACGCAAUUGGUUAAAUUGAGCUAUCAUAUAUGCUCCUUACGGAAUCUAACCCACCUGGAUGUAUCCAACAAUAAGUUGCGUAAGUUACCUGUUGAUCUGGGGAGAUUACACUUGAGCAAGCUCGUCCUCCAUGACAAUAAUCUGGGUGAAAUGGACGAUUGGUCAUUUCUAAAUGGCAAAUGGUUAAUUUGAAUCUCAAUUACAAUAAUUUGACUCAUCUACCCUUUGCCAUACGUCGCCUGAGAAGAUUACGCUCGCUUUACGUGUCGGAAAACAAAUUAAAAUCCCUGCCAGCUGCCAUAGAUGAUUUACGUAUUGAAAUCUUGCAUGUUUGGCGUAAUUCAUUCAAGGGUCUCAAUGUCUUGGAGGCUCAUCGCCUGGCCUUUGCUUCCGAUGCGGACGGAGCUUCAACUC